AUGUCUCAAAUAAUUAAGAAGUCUAAAGGAAAGUCAUGUACUACUUCCCAAAAAGAAGCGAUAGUUGAUUUUAUUAAACUACAUCCGGAGUUAAAUAAAGGUAAAUUCACUCAAAAUUUCACUAAAAAACACAGCCAAGCUUUGUGGCAGGAACUCGCAAAACACUUGCAUACAUUAGUUGGUGCAGUUAAAACACCACAGCAAUGGAGAAAAUGUUGGAUUGACAUGAAGUGUAACGCAAAAACUAAGAGUGUCCAAGUGAAGAAAAGUUUUAAAACUACUGGUGGUGGUGAAAAUGAAUUUCCAGAUGGUCUUGAUACACUGGAAGAAGAUAUUGUUCACCUCAUCGGUCAAGUACCAAUUAAUGGACAGCCUCACACUGAAGAGCCAUUAAUAGUCUUUGAGGGUUACAACAUGGACAUUAUGACUAUAGAAAAUAAUGAGACUGUUAAAUUCACUGGCAAUGAAACUAGUCUGGGUGAAGAUUUGAAUAUUGUGUACGAGUCCAACGCUCAUGAUGGUGAAAAUUAUGAUGAGAACUAUAUAUGUACAGCUUUGGAUACUUCUGUCCAGCCAAAUGUUGAAAAAGUUGAAACUGUGACCACCAAAUUAAGAAAAAUUGAUGCGUUAAAAAAAUCAUUGGAUAAAACUGGCAACCUGGAAUCCAUUAGUGUAGAAAGAAAUAAUUUGUUAAAGAACUAUUAUGAUAGGAAAUUAUUACUUAUGGAGAGGCAAACUAAUGCUUUGGAAAAAAUUGCCAACAAAAACUGUUCCUGUAGUGUAAAUGUAAUGCCAAUGAAAAUGUAG